AUUCUGAGCCCUGAUGACAGCCUCCACACGUCAGACGGUGUUGUCGUUAUAUACGCGGGUGUUUCGUAUUGCCCGAACCUGGCAGGCACAUGUUGCAAGUGAGACAGAGGCUGAGAGAAAGUACAUCCGUGAGGAGGCCCGGGCUCUCUUCAGACAGAACCAGCAGCUGACAGAUCACGAGUCCAUAAAGAAGUGUAUAGAUGAAUGUGAAGCGAGGAUUGGAAUAGGCCUGCAUUACAGGAACCCAUAUCCAAGAGCUACCCAUAUUCCACCACUGGGACUGGCAACCCAGAAGGGCAGGAAGCUGCGAAUGCAACAGCGGCUGAGGAAGCAGGCCAAGCCGAUUUACUUACAGUCACAUGAGGAGACGUGAUGUUCAACAAGCUGGAUCCUUGCCAAGAGUUCAAGUUUCAAAGGACAGGAAACUGGAGUGCAGUCAUGAGCUCAUUUCAUAAGCCAGGGAGUUGUAACCACUCAGUGAUGCAAGAACAUUUGCCAUUCAGUGUAAAUUGCAUAAA